ACCACAACAUGCCAGGCUGUUGCCUGGUGAUGGUUCUCUAUAAAGCAGCUUUGUGUUACUCGUACUACACACAACAUCCCCAGCCACUCAUCUCAGGUGAACGAGGGACUGCUUCAAGCAACGAAAACAUGCGUGAAUGUAUCUCUGUCCAUGUUGGCCAAGCUGGAGCCCAGAUAGGCAAUGCCUGCUGGGAGCUCUACUGCCUGGAGCAUGGAAUCCAGCCUGAUGGUCAAAUGCCCAGUGACAAGACCAUUGGAGGAGGCGACGACUCCUUCAACACCUUUUUCAGUGAGACUGGAGCUGGUAAACAUGUUCCCAGAGCUGUCUUUGUGGACUUGGAGCCAACUGUCAUUGAUGAAGUCCGCACAGGAACUUACCGCCAGCUCUUCCAUCCUGAGCAGCUGAUCACUGGAAAGGAAGAUGCAGCCAAUAACUAUGCCCGUGGUCACUAUACCAUCGGCAAGGAGAUCAUCGACCUCGUUCUCGACAGGAUCCGUAAACUGGCGGAUCAGUGCACAGGUCUCCAAGGUUUCCUCAUCUUCCACUCCUUUGGAGGAGGAACUGGCUCUGGCUUCACUUCUCUGUUGAUGGAGCGCCUCUCUGUUGACUAUGGGAAAAAGUCCAAGCUGGAGUUUGCCAUCUAUCCUGCCCCUCAGGUGUCCACAGCUGUGGUGGAGCCCUAUAACUCCAUCCUGACCACCCACACCACCCUGGAGCACUCUGAUUGCGCCUUCAUGGUGGACAAUGAGGCCAUCUAUGACAUCUGCCGCAGGAACCUGGACAUUGAGCGUCCCACCUACACCAACCUCAACAGGUUGAUUGGACAGAUCGUCUCCUCCAUCACCGCCUCCUUGCGCUUCGACGGCGCCUUGAACGUGGAUCUCACAGAGUUCCAGACCAACUUGGUGCCUUACCCUCGCAUCCACUUUCCCCUGGCUACCUAUGCACCAGUUAUCUCAGCAGAGAAGGCCUACCACGAGCAGCUAUCAGUAGCAGAAAUCACCAAUGCUUGCUUUGAGCCCGCCAAUCAGAUGGUCAAAUGUGAUCCUCGCCAUGGCAAGUACAUGGCCUGCUGUCUGUUAUUCCGUGGUGACGUGGUACCCAAAGAUGUCAACUCUGCCAUCGCCACCAUCAAAACAAAGCGUACCAUCCAGUUUGUGGACUGGUGUCCCACAGGCUUCAAGGUGGGCAUCAACUACCAGCCUCCCACUGUGGUUCCUGGAGGAGACCUGGCCAAGGUGCAGAGGGCCGUGUGCAUGCUGAGCAACACCACUGCCAUCGCUGAGGCCUGGGCCCGACUCGACCACAAGUUCGACCUUAUGUACGCCAAGAGGGCCUUUGUCCACUGGUACGUCGGAGAAGGAAUGGAGGAGGGAGAGUUCUCAGAGGCCAGAGAGGACAUGGCUGCCCUGGAGAAGGAUUACGAAGAGGUGGGCACCGACAGCGUUGGAGAGGAGGAUGAAGGCGAGGAAUACUAGGCUGCUGAAACAUCUGUAGCUUGCUGUGGCUCCAUUACAGUCCACCUAUCCCAGAAAAGAAAUGCCAAACACCCAACGUGUUUUGUUGCCACGCAAUACUGGACUCAUUCCUUAAUUCUGCACAUUCCAGCGAGCUACAUGAGUUUCCUGUUUUAAAUCAUGCAAACGAAUAAAGAACAUAAAGUCA